AUGAAACGAGGGCGUUCAUUGGAAACUGAAAAUACUGCUGCUAGAUGCCCCUGCAUUUCUGCACGUUACAUACAUGCAUUCACGUGUACUGUCGCACACACAGGUGACACAUGCACAAAUAUGCACAGACGGAUACAGAAUGCUCCAAAGACGGCGUAUUGGAUGGUCAUUUGUACACCAUUGCAGGAAUUUUCACAAAUUCUAUUCAAGAACAAUGUUACCCGUGGUAUAAUAAUAAUAGGAUGGCGCGCCAAUGAGCACAACAGUAAAAAUUGUGACAGAGAAGGACGAGCGAAGAGAAAGAGGCAUUCUGAACAACUGGGUCGCUGCACAUUACAAACACCGCACAGCGCGUACUACCAAAUUCUCUCCUGGAUGUCCGCAUUUGAACAUGAAUUCGAACAGUCCACAUUGAGAUAUGAAAUAGAAUAUAAUAAGCAACUGGCUCACCUCACAAUGAGCAAUGCAAAUCAUCCUAAGAAUGCAGCACAGAAAAUGUCGCACGAACGACUAAAACUGUCAAUGCUGUGUUUCCUUGGAUCUUAUCGGGAACAGAUUAUGCGUCAAAAACAGAAAAAUAAUGCAGAAGAAUAA